AUGUCUAAACGCCAAGAUUUAAGUGCUACACAUAAGUGCGAUUUAUUAAAAUCAUACGACAUGCUUCCAAAAAUUAGUUUACGUGAUGCCGCAGCUCGUUUAAACGUUUCACAUUACAUAUUAAAUAGAAUUUUAAAAAACCAUUCGAAUAUUGAACGCGCAAUAAUGGACAAUGAAAGUGAUAGUCGGAAAAGAAAAAGAGCUGGAAAAGAAGAAGUUGUAGACAAAGCGUUAAAGGAAUGGUUCUUACAAGUAAGGAAAAAAGAUGCCCGUAUUAAUGGUCCACUUUUACGCCAAAAAGCAGAAGACCUGACAAAGAAAAUGGGGAAAGACGAUUUUGUUGCGACGGAAGGAUGGUUUCAACGUUGGAAGAAAAGGGAGAACAUCAGCUUCAUUAAAACACAUGAAGAGCAAGGGGAAGCCGAUUUUAGUGCGGCACAAUCGUGGUUUAAAACUCAUUGGACCGAUUUGCUAUCCCAGUACUCCCCCUCUGAUAUUUUCAAUGCCGACGAGACUGGGCUUUAUUUUAGAGCUCUACCUGAACACACAUACGCACUCAAACUUGACAAAGCCAAAGGGGCAAAAACUAGUAAAGAGCGACUCACAAUAUGUGUUGUUAUGUGUUGUUAUGUGUUAUUAUGUGUUGUAUCAGCAUGA